UACAUGACAAUAGUAAUUUAGAAAUAUACGUACCUACUGCAGAACCAGCUUCACAUUCGUUUGGUUAUCAAUUACCUGGAAACUCUGUUAGUAAUACUUCUGGUAAUAUUCAACAAAUCCCAUAUAAUUAUUUUCAAGACCAAACAUCGGCUUCUACAAGCUCUGAUAAGCUUGUUCAUACUUACAAUACCACUGAACCUAAUCAAAAAGAUACAUCGCCUUGGGCUGUAGAUUCGACGUAUGGAUCAAGCAAGAACGAAGAUGACUUAAAAGCUGUUGGAACCAAAAUCAAUAAAAACUUUACAAUGCAAGAAAAGGAAACAUCCAAAUCUAAUAACGAACUAUCCAGUUUUACUCAAAUAUUUGCGAACGCAAAUACAGACACGAAUUCCAAUGUUAAUUUCGAACCUUACAAAACACAAGUAAGCGAAUCAAAUUUAUGUGACAGUUCGAUCUUUUCAGAUUCACGAUUUCAAGCUAACAUACCAAUGCAAAAUUUGUUCGCACCACCGCAUGUAAAAAUAGAAGAUAAAACUCUAAAACAUUUUAAUCCAGGUGAAGCUUCGACUACUAAAAUACCAGAAUGCUUUCCUACUAAUAAGAAAGAUGAAAGUUCUAAAGAUGAACGAAACAAACCUGAAAUAACAAAUAAUGUAUCAAAUGUUAUCAAUACUGAAGUGAGUUAUAAAAUUGCUCCUAUUGCAAGUGAAUCACAAGUUCCUAAAUGGGAUAAUAUUGGGUUUAAGUACUUUGAAUCGUCGUCGAAUUUACCUAGCGACUCUACAUUCGAUAGCCAAGCCACUGCUAUCGUUAAUAAAGAGCUAGCUCAAACAGACGUGUUCGUCGAUUCCAAGGCCCAUCAAGGAUUUAUAUUCGAUCAGAAUGCUGCAGAUUUUUUUGAUAGUCCUUUAUCUACUGAGAACAAAGUAAUAGAAACUGUCUUAGAAACGGUGUUAAAAGAAGAAGAAAACGACCAUGAUUUAAGUAUUUGUGAAACCUGUAGAGAGGUUAAUAAACCUGAAGAAAAGGAAGUUGAAAAUCUAACAGAUCAAUUGAUUGAAAAUAUAAUAGCACCAAUACAACUGUCUAAUCCUGUCGAAGUACCAUUUACUGGAAAUGAUAAUCCAGACGUAAAUAGGACUGAUUUUGAGCCCAAUCAAUGUGCUGAAAUCUCACAUAUUACAGAAGAAACCAUUGAAACAAUACAAGAACAUGCUGUGACAGACCUUAUGGAUGAUUUUAAAAAUAGUUCAGCUAUGCCCAAAAAUUACGGAUGGCUAAUAGAGGAAACCGCUUUGUCUGGCAAUAAUGUUCUUCUAGAACAUGACUACACUUUACAAACAGAUAACACGACUUCAGGACUCUUCCAAAAUAAUUCCAUGACCAUAGAAGAGAUACCAACUAAUGCAAGCGAUGAAAUCAAAGCGGAGUAUAAAAAUUCAUUCGAUGAACCGCUAACAGUAUUUCCAAGACAAAUGAGUAUUCCUUCUGCUCCUCCAGCUGAAGAGGAUUCAAAAUCCGAUGAAAGUGGUUUAGAUGUUCACUCCAUAGAACAAGACGCGACAAAAGACUUCCCUAUAUACGACGAUAAUGUUAUCGAACCAUCAGAAACGGAUGACGAUAAAAUUGAGUUCAGAGAACGCGAGAAAAGUUCCGAAGAAUCAAUUCCAGAAAACGAUACGUUUACUAAUAGAAUAGAGAGAUAUAAAAAAAUGGAGGAGACACUUGAUCAUAGUCAUGAAGUUUUAAAAACUACCGAAAGUUCAUCAAUAUACGAAGUAGCUACUUCAACGAGUCCAUCUACAACUAUCGCUUCGUACUUCGACACUGGGAAUUAUGCGGUAGAAAAUUUCUACCGAAACUCAUUAACUUCUCAAUCUGUGUCAAAUCUGAACGUCGCACAAUCACAGAAUCCCAUGACAAUUAUGAGAGCGCCGCCUGGCUUCGAAUCUUUAUAUCCAAAACAGUUCUAUAUUGUGCCAAAUGAAAAUUAUAAUGCAUUUGCAACACCAGAUGUAAAUUCCAGUCAAAAAUCAGUAACGUAUGUUUUGCCUGAUAGUAACGUAUAUUUUGAUUUAGCGAAACCUGAAUCCUCACGCUUGACUUAUUCAUACGUUCCGCCCACUGAAACAAAUGUUAAACCAGCCAGUAUUAUGACAGAAGAAUCGACAAAUGAAACGAAUAUUGAGGCUAAGAACAUCUUAACAACGGAUACAACAGAAAAUGAUAUUAAAUUACCAGAUUUUGCAACUGUUUUUGGAACAAUAAACAAAGACCACCAAGAAAAUAUUGAAGAAGCUUCACCUACUUUGUCAAACACGGAAACUACCACUAAAGCAAUAUCUGAAUUAACUGAGACUAAUAGAUCAGUAUCAUCAUCAUCCGAUUCAAAAAACGUUGAACCAGAACCAACACGUAAUAGGGAAAGUCCUGACGUUUAUGAUUUCAGUAGAUUAUCAAGUUACUUUACAUCACCAUCCCAAACUGACCCAUCGAAGUCUUUUUUUGAAUUAAGCCAAUCAGAAAAUCAUUACCGACAAGAAAAGACUUCCACAUCAACUAGCAAAUGUGAUAAAUUAAACAUUCCACAUGAAAAAUACGUUUCUAGUAUGAAUUUAAUUAAAGAUUUGACAUCACCCUCAAACAUAACAUCCAUUCCAAAAGAACAAAUAGUUAGGACUGUCAAUUACUUUACUGUUCUUUACGAUAAUGAUUCUUUUAAUCAUAAUAAAAAAGAAUCUAAAACUUCAAUUCCACUUGAUGUAACAGAUUCUGAUAUAAAUAUAGAUAUAACUCCAGUAUCAAAUAUUGAAUGUACUCAAGUAGAUGUUAUCGAAACUUGUAAGCAUUGCUGUAGUAUAGAAAGCGGUCUAUUUAGAGAUAUAAAUGUUGAAAAUUUAAAUAAUCUAGGUAACAAUAAAGUUAAAAUUAGACAAUUUAUGAAUAAAGAUAGUUCUGAAUUAAAGAAAGACGUCAAUAUGGAAGCUAAGAAAGAAGCAACUGGUGACAGAUCGUUUACUGUGAAUUUUGAUAAUAUCACAAUAGAAGAUGAAAAAGGAGAAAAUGUCGCGAUGAUGACUGAGAAUCGUUCAUCCGGAGAGUACAGUCCAGUCAAACACCACUGGUUCUACCGUAUGGAUAGUGAGGGGAAGUCGUUAUGGAAAGGCUUCUCUACUGUCGAUUCCACUGCUCUGGAAAAUGCCUUCGUUAGCCCGGAAUUAUCAGAAAGAACACUAGUGCCGACUGACGGUGGUCGAUAUGAUGUGAACGUGGUGGGCAGACUUCGAGUACCCGUCUACUGGUCCGGCAAUCCGACUAAUGUUAUGCGAUGCAGUUGGUUCUACAAAGGCACCACCGAUGCGAGAUAUGUACCCUAUUCGGAGCUCGUGGCUGAGAAAUUAGAGGAGGAAUACAAGCAUGGUAUCCUAACGGGUGAAUGGCAUAGGAGAUUGAUACUGCCGAAUGGUGAACUUGUGGUGAUGCACGGACCUAGUGUCAUGGUGCACUUCCUGCAGACCAGCACAGAUGAUACCUUCAGCUCUUCUUCUCAAACGACAACACGACCUCGUGUAGUUCGGAGGGGGGUGGCAGAGAGCGAGAUUGAAGAUACGGAGCCGGGACAAGUGGAUCAUUUACUGUUGCUAUGUCACGGCGUCGGCUCCGCUUGCGAUAUGAGGUUCCGUCCUGUUGAAGAAGUCGUUGACGACUUCCGAACUACGAGCCUUCAAUUGAUUCAGUCUCAUUACAAAAACUCUUACGAAAGUGGAGUAGUCGGCAGAAUAGAGGUUCUACCAAUAUCUUGGCAUUCAACUUUACAUUCCGGAGAGAAUGGAGUUGAUAAAAGACUAGCUCAGAUCACACUUGACAGUAUACCUAGACUUAGGAAUUUUACCAAUGACACUGUAUUAGAUGUACUCUUCUAUACAAGUCCUGUUUAUUGUCAGACAAUAAUUGACACAGUGUGCAAGGAAUUGAAUCGUAUAUACAGCCUUUUUAAGUCCAGAAACCCUACCUUUACUGGAGGAGUGUCAUUGGGAGGUCAUUCUUUAGGCAGUGUCAUACUUUACGAUCUACUAUGUCAUCAGAAACCAUUGGAUGAAAUGUGUUCUGAUAAGAAAUACGUCAAUGGCAAAGCCGGGACAGGACAACCUACUGUCAAAUAUCCGAGAUUAGAAUUCAAACCAGAUGCAUUGUAUGCACUUGGCAGUCCUAUUGCUAUAUUCGAAUGUAUCCGAGGUGUAGAAAUGCUCGGUUCUGAUUUCUGUUUACCGACUUGCAGAAAGUUUUUUAAUAUCUUCCAUCCUUAUGAUCCAAUUGCUUACAGAAUCGAACCCCUUAUCAACCCUCAAUUACGUAAUGUGAAACCCUUUCAAAUACCACAUCAUAAGGGCAGGAAGAGAAUGCAUUUAGAAUUGAAGGACACAAUGGCGCGUGUGGGCGCGGACAUUAAACAAAAAUUAAUAGAGUCAAUAAGAAGUACAUGGUCCAGUAUGUGGAAGACACAACCACCUAAUGAUAGACAAUUGGAGAAGGUAGUAGAAGAAGAGAUGGAGAAAGAACAACUGGCAGAAGAUAAUAAAGAAGACCCCGUUAAUGACACUACCGAGGUAACAAAAGAUAUGUUAGGUGAAUUAAAUAAAGGUUGUCGUAUAGAUUAUGUAUUACAAGAGGCACCUUUUGAAAUGAUAAACGAAUAUUUGUUCGCUAUGAGCAGCCAUGUUGGUUAUUGGGAGUCUGAGGACACGAUGUUGCUGAUGCUGCGCGAGGUGUACUCAGAUCGUGGAGUACGUCCUGAUGGCUGCGUGCCUCAGAAUACUAUGACUAUGGAUAGAAUGCGCUUUGAAAACUCCAGUGAUAUUGGAAAAGAUUACCCAUCAACUAGUCGAGGCGGAAUAUAAAUAGUUGUAAAAAAAUCACAAUUUCGUUAAAAAAAAUCAUAUAAAACGUU